AUGGCAGAUGGCUCAAACUGGAUUGAUGCAAAAGAUGAAGAAGAUGAAAAAGAAGGCUCUGCAACUGGAGAUGGAGGCUGUGGAGCUCUUUAUACUCUUUUUCUAGCAAGAGUCUUUCGUCUACGCUGUAUCUGCAAAAACGCAAGGCAGUACCAACGUACACCAAACGAAGAUGACAUUGCACGUCUACUUCGAAAAGGGGAGGAAAGAGGCUUCCCAGGUAUGCUUGGCUCUAUAGAUUGUAUGCAUUGGGUAUGGAAGAACUGCCCUACAGGGUGGCAUGGCACACACAGGGGAGGAAAUCAUAAGCCUACCCUCAUAUUGGAAGCGGUUGCAUCGAAAGAUCUGUGGGUAUGGCAUGCUUUCUUUGGUAUGGCUGGUUCAAACAAUGACGUGAAUGUCUUAGAUCAUUCCCUAGUAUUCAAUAGCCUAAUCAAUGGCACAAUGCCUCUGAUUAAUUAUGAGGUAAAUGGGCAUCGACGUGCAAUAGGGUAUUACCUAUCUGAUAGUAUUUAUCCCAUGUGGACAACUUUGAUUCAGAUCAUCCCACACCCAACAACUGGCAAAGAAAAAUUAUUUGCUAACAAACAAGAAGUUGUUCGGAAAGAUGUUGAAUGA